CAUUCACAAGGGUAUGCCCCACAAGUUCUACCAUGGCCGAAUUGGGCGUGUCUGGAACAUCACCAAGCGCGCUAUUGGCGUGGAGGUUAACAAGCAUGUUGGGAACCGCAUCAUUAAGAAGAGGAUUCAUGUUCGUGUGGAGCAUGUCCAGCCCUCUAGAUGCACUGAGGAGUUCAGAAACAGAAAGUUAAGGAACGAUAAGCUCAAGGCCAAGGCCAAGUUGAAGGGUGAGGCCAUCAGCACCAAGAGGCAGCCAGAGGGUCCCAGGCCAGGUUUCAUGGUCGAAGGAGCUCAGUUGGAAACUGUCACCCCCAUUCCUUAUGAUGUUGUCAACGAUCUCAAGGGUGGUUAUUAGAUCUUUUUAUGUAUUAUUUUUUCUUCUCAAUGUUCUGUUUUGUUCUGUUCUUGUCUGGUUUUGAUUUUGUUUUCAAGACUACCAAUGGAAACAUUUCCUUAAUUAGUUC